AUGGUGUUAUGUAUAAUAGGCUAUUUUUUCGUUGGUGUUAUUCUACUGAAUACUGCUGAUGCAAAAUCCGUCAUUGUUCGCACAGUUUCGGAUUGUAUGUUGGAUGAAAAUGGGAUUAUUCAUUAUAAAGGCAAUCAUUCCUAUACAAAAUUCAAUAGGGUCUGUUUACAUUGGUCUGAUUUUAUGCGCACACAUGAACACAUCGUAAAUGAUGCUACUUUCAUGUACGAUCGUUCCGUUUCCGAUGCACACAACUUUUGUCGAAAUCCUGAUUUACGUGAUGAUAGUCCAUGGUGUUUUGUUGAACGUAAUCCACCAAGAACUGAACCUUGUUUUGUAUGUAACAGUUUAAAAGAACGUCCAACAGGUGUGUUGCCUGAUUUAGAUCACGGAUCGCCUGGAGGUUUUUUUGAAGGUUUUCGAUAUAAUAUGGAACGUUUACGUCAAAAAUUUGUAGAUUUUAUGAAAAAAAUGGGAGAAAAGAUGGAACGAAUCACUGCAAGGAUUCUCGAACGUUUCGGAUUUAAUGUACGAAAUGUUGAAUAA